AUGGCCUGGCAAGACCCAAAUAAUGACCAGUGCAAUGAUUUUAUUGCUGCUCUGUCGCAGACUGGCUGGGGAGCAGAUUCCACAGCUCAAUCACUUGCUGAAUAUGGUGCGGCCGUACCCUUUCUCCACCAACAUUACCCUGCUUCUAGAAGCGAGGAGUUGAAUCCGAACGAUGUGGCAUCAUCUACAGAGGAUUCCCUGCACAUAUCGGCUCAAUAUCCAAACCACCAGGCCGAGGUCGCUGGAUGUCUUGCUGGAGUUGAUGGUCCGUUUGGUAACGAACAAAGCUCGAAUACAUGCUAUUUUUCACCCGGGCUAAUACUCUCGACCACCGAGAGAAGCCAGGAGGCUUCGUCAUCUGCUCUCCCAAGUCCAGUUGCCCUAGCAAGAUCUAACACCCAACGCAAAGCCCGUCUACGACAGCCGGGCUCUCAGGAAUGGGAGCGUCACAAGGAUUCCAUUCAUGACUUCUAUCUCAAACAAAACUUUUCUCUAGAGACUACUAUAAAGAAAAUGGAAGAAGUCUACCAGUUUUGCGCAUCAAAGAAAAUGUACAAGGACAAGUUCAAGCAAUGGAAGUGGUCCAAGAAUCUGCCAAGAGACGUAGCUAUUGGCAUGCUUAGCAAGGCCAACCGGAGGCAUCCGAAGGAGACUAUCUUCCAUUGGAACAACCAAGCGUGGCCAAUUAAGCGGAUCAUGAUAUCAUAUGCCAGAUGUGCUAGUGAUGAGGACCUCCAUAUACCAGAGGAUUGUCCCACGCCGCCAGGUGUAACCUGUGAGACACCAAGACUUCCCGACAUCACCGACAACCCAAACUCUCUCGAUAUACUACAAGAAAAAAAUAGUAGCCUUGAGCCUGUUGACGAAAACAGCCCUGAUACCACCAAAAAGCCGUAUAAGUCUAUCGAUGAAGGGCCUUUCCAUAUAAAGUCUGUUGCCGAAGUGCGCAGUGUCGUCCAAUCAGCUCUGGAUGCUGGCAAAGAACAUGAUCAGGAAGAGGCAGAAUCAGCUCUCAGAAAUGCAUUGUCCUGUUCCAGCCACCUGCUAUCGCCUACCCACAGCGAAACGCUUAAAAUUGGCUAUUUGCUUGCCUCCUUUUACGGCAACAGGGGACGCAUGGAUGAUGCUGAUGACAUUCUUAAUUGGAUGACUCGCAAGCACGUCAGAGGCUCUGAGGCUUGCAACUUAAGAAUUACAACUCACUUGCGUUACAUAAUAGCUUUGCUUCGCUUCUGGCGAAGGACUGAAGAGGCUGAUAUACUUACUUACCGUCUUUUAGAAAGCCAUACGCAUCUGGAGGAACGUCAUUUCAUCCUACAAAGCUCUUCAGGGCCUUAUUCGAUGUCAAAUAAGAUUGUUGAGGAUCUGUUAUCUUCCAGUGAACCAGAAAAGCUCGCCGCCAUGCAAGACAUUUUGGAACUUUUGGUCAGCGAUUCUAACAACCACGAACUACUCCGAGGUCUAUUACCUCGAUAUAUAGAAACUUGCGACAAAAAGGCAAAUGGGAAACUGACUAUCCGAUCCAGAUGUAUUUUGGCGAACAUAUGGGUCAAAGACGCUCAGUUUGAGAGAGCUAAGGGCAUCCUAAGACAAGGUGGUGAUCUCUUAAGACAACAGGUUGCUACUGAGUACCCAUUAGAGCCCUCGACGCUCAAAUUAGCUCAGCGCGUUGCUUUUACAUUCCUUGAAGCGGACGACCCGGAUCAAUGUGUUAAACUACUAGAGGAGGUGGAAGCUGUCGCUGCCGCAAACAUCUCUGAGGCAGGUAAUGUUUACGGCAUGCAGCUCCAUGAUUUUCUCAUCUCGACGGCAUUUCGGCUCCACAAGAGAUCUACAUGUGAGCGAAGCCGUCCUUGGUUUGAGCGCGCUCUUUUACUAUCCCGAGCUUUCUUUGGGCAAGAGCAUGAACGUACCAAGCGUACAGAGAGAGUGCUCGAGACCUGCCGCAUCGAUAGUUUGUGA